CUGCGCGUGCGCGUACUGCCCCGGCCCGGUUAGUCCGUUAUCUUUGUCGGCUAACCCAUUGUUCACUGUGGAGACAUCAACGGCGGAAAAUCGCUUCGUGCUGCGCAAUAAAACAACUCGACGGUGUCACAGGCAGCUGCCCCUGACAGUCGUGGAUUUGUUCUUAGAGUUGCGACUUGUUCUCGGCCGGCAAGUGUAACAGAAUGGACGAUGACCAGCCCAAAACCCUGUAUGUGGGGAAUCUGUCCCGAGACGUGACAGAGGCUCUGAUUCUGGAGGUAUUUGGCCAAAUUGGACCGUGCAAGAGCUGUAAAAUGAUAGUAGAUACAGCAGGUCACGAUCCAUACUGCUUUGUGGAGUUCUGUGAACACAGACAUGCCACUGCCACAAUUGCAGCCAUGAAUGGUCGGAAAAUACUUGGUAAGGAGGUGAAGGUCAACUGGGCCACAACACCAACCAGUCAGAAGAAAGACACAAGCAGUCAUUUCCAUGUUUUUGUUGGGGAUCUAAGUCCUGAAAUCACAACAGAUGAUAUCAAAUCAGCGUUCGCUCCCUUUGGCAAAAUAUCGGAUUGUCGAGUGGUGAAGGACAUGGCCACAGGAAAAUCUAAAGGCUACGGUUUUGUCUCUUUCUUUAACAAAUGGGAUGCAGAGAAUGCCAUACAGCAGAUGGGAGGGCAGUGGCUGGGAGGCAGGCAGAUCAGAACCAACUGGGCCACAAGAAAGCCUGCUCCCAAAACCUCAAAUGAGCCAACUAGCACCAAGCAGCUGUGUUUCGAUGAGGUGGUGGGUCAGUCCAGCCCCAGCAACUGCACCGUCUACUGCGGAGGAGUCACAACAGGUCUAACAGAACAAAUUAUGAGAGAGACCUUUUCACCCUUUGGUCCUAUAAUGGAAAUCCGAGUUUUCCCAGACAAAGGCUACUCCUUCAUAAGGUUCAACUCCCAUGAAGCGGCCGCUCACGCCAUCGUGUCCGUCAAUGGCACGUCCAUAGAGGGUUACAUCGUAAAGUGUUACUGGGGCAAAGAAACGGCAGACAUGGUCAGCCCCAUUCAGCAGGUGCACGUGCCACAGCAGAACACGGUGAGCUUCACACCACAGCCCUACAACCAAUGGGGCCAGUGGUACAGUAACACGCAACAGAUUGGCCAGUACGUGCCCAAUGGGUGGCAGGUGCCAAGCUAUGGAGUGUAUGGACAGACCUGGGAUCAGCAGGGCUACAAUCAUUUACAUGCUGGUGCUGGAUGGACAGGUGUGGGCACGAUGAGUAACUGUGGCAUGGUGGAGCCUGGUCAGGGGGUCAACGGAACAAUGCUAACCAACCAGGCUGGAAUGAGUGCCGCCAGCUACCACACCCACUGAUCUCCAAUCACAGUAGCCCUCACUCUGAGCCUCUGAGGUCACAAGGAUGAUACUCUGCUGGGGAGGAAGUGCAUUAGAUGUGCUGUCUCUGCUACUACUCAAAGUAUUCUGUUCGGCUGGCCCGGUGUGCCAUUUCUUUUUAAUCCACCUGACCAGCCAGUCAGUCCACCCACUGCCCAAAUCUGCUACUCCAGAACACUUGUACACUAUAAGAACAACUACUGCUAAUCCACUGUUUAUUCCUGGGCCCAUUUUAUUAUUUGGCACAAGUGUAAACAUUGUGAUCGUAAUCCUUAUCAGUUUAAAUGAAAUCUGCAGUAAUCAAGUUCAAAGACAGCGGAUCUACUUUGUUUUUCAGCCCCGUCAGAGCCAGUGAGCAAGGGCAGAGUGAGAACAGUUUUCAACAAUCAAAGAGGAAGGAGAGCCGUGAACAAACUUUGCCACAAAAAAAAAAAAAUACAACAGUCUAUCGUGAUACAUCACAGCCACAAGACGAACGUCUAGUCGAGUGUAACCUUUUUGUAUUUAAGCUUAAUUGGAAAAUCAUGGUUCAUCCUCCUGCUACUAACGUGAAACAGAAGUCAAGUAAGUCCUCAGGGUGUUGUAAAGUCAUUCUGUGAAACGUAGGAAAUCGCUCAGUAGAAGUAGACAGGCUCCAGGGAAGAAAAAAAAAAUCAAGUAGAUUUGAUCUGACUUUGUCUCCCUGAGUGGACUGGAACGACUGGCAAUCCAGUCUGAAGAUAAGAAAUGUGUGUGUGCUUACGUGUGUGUGCAUGAACUGAUUUUACACACAAUACGAUGUCCAGUUCAUCUUUACCCUGAGACAGGAAAGGACUUCACCACCAUUUUUCCCCUCCUCUUUUGUUACAGAUACAAAUCUUCAGUUGCCCUAUUUGUUUUGAACGAAUUUAAAAUAAUGGUGUUGUAGAAAGAGCUCCUGUCUUUCUGUUGUUUCAUUUCAGGACUGUCUUCUAAAGAAAUGUCGCCGUGACACCAUGUGACGUGAUGAACCCUAUUCCGUUUGUUUCUAAGACACUAGUGGCUGUUGACCGUGUUUUUAAAAUUAGAAUUUCAAUAUCUCAAAUUGCAGGGACUACUGCCACUCUUACUUUAGGCAGACAACUAUUGCACAAAUACUAACGGUAUUUUUUCGCAUUAAUUUGAAAUAAUAGGUUUUUAUGUUUUUGCAUUCCACCUUUUGUAAUUUCAUUUGGACGUCUGUUUUUAUGUAAAUACCAAGACCUUCUGUUCAAUUGUACUGAAUCUGUAUAAAGACAGCCUGUAUAGACAGAAGCACGCUCGCUUCUUGUUGUGGUCAUAGAGUUCAGAAAUGGCUGUUUGACAGUAGCCUCCCUGUCCAGUGCUGGUCUGUGUACAGUAGAGACGGUGCAGCAUCUGAUUCUUCCGGACAAGCAGCAUUGCCAUGCAAUGUAAAGGCCUUUAGGCUGAUGAGUAAUUCUUCAUUUAAGUUAUUCUCCUUUAAACUUAAAAAAAGAUUGUUUAAUAGACAAACAACCUCACAAGGAUUAGAUUUUUGCACUGAGGCCGCCGUUAUUUUUUAAUGUAGUCGAGGAAUCUGUUGUGUUGCCUUAUCAUCAAAGAAUUACUUUUAAUUUAACCAAAAACGUGUGAGGGGAGGCGGUGCCUACAAAUGUUUUCAACCUAGGUUUUGUUCAGGUUGGUUUGUGUUAAUGCUUCAGUCACAUGGUUUGUGUUUUUGUUUUGUCCUAUUAAAAUGCUGAUGCUUCAAAGAG